AUGGAUAACACGCCCACUAUAAAUACGAAUGAGCGCUCUGAGAACGCUGAUUUCAGCUCAAUUCCCAACAACAGAGGAUUGAACGGCCAUAACCAGCUUCAAUAUGAAAGUAACUCUCGAGUGUUUGUUUCGGAUGCAAUGGCAAAGAACUCCAAGCAAUUAUUGUACGCACAUAUAUAUAAUUACUUAAUCAGAAACAAAUAUUGGAACUCUGCCGCAAAGUUCUUAAGAGAAGCUGAUAUUCCUUUAUCUAGAAUGAACGGACCUCCUUCGGGUGAAGCAAAUAGCUUGAACUCAAGCUUGAAACACGGAUUAAUGGAUAUUGCAUCAAAAGGUGACAUUGUUGGUGAAGAUGGGUUAUUACCUUCAAAAAUGCUGAUGGACGCUAAUGACACGUUUCUGCUGGAGUGGUGGGAAAUUUUUCAAUCAUUAUUCAACGGUGAUGUUGAAUCUGGUUACACUCAGGACCAUAAUAUUUCAAGAGAGAGAAUAGUACCUAUCUUACCAGCUCAUACUAAAUCCAAUAUCCCCCCCCAUUUCUCUAAUAUUCCAUCAAGCGUGGUUCCGCCUACUCAAAAUAGCUUUCCUGUGGCAGAAGAGAAUUUCAGACCUAACGGUAAUGGAAAUAACGUCAACCUAAACGACCCAGCCAAUCGAAACAUGUCCGAAAGAUUUGUGUCAAGAACUACCGGUGGUUAUGAUAAACUUCAUAACAGUAACUUUGUAGCUGAUACUACUAUAAACAGUGAUACCACAGGGCAGCAGUACGCAACCAUAAAUCUUCAAAAGCACUUUAAUGAUCUGCAGUCACCAACACAGCCUCACCAACAUCAUCAGCAACAUCAACAUCAACAUCAACAUCAACAUCAACAACAUCAACAGCAGCAACAGCAGCAGCAGCAGCAGCAGCAGCAGCAACAGCAACAGCAGCAGCAACAGCAUCAGAAACAACAACAACAACAACAACAACAGCAACAAAGGCAACAACAACAACAAAGGCAACAACAACAACAACAACAACAACAACAACAACAACAACAACAACAACAACAACAACAACAACAACAACAACAAAGGCAACAGCAGCAGCAACAGCAGCAACAGCAGCAACAGCAACAGCAACAACAACAACAACAACAACAACAACAGCAACAACAACAACAACAACAACAACAACAACAACAAAGGCAACAAAGGCAACAGCAGCAGCAGCAGCAGCAACAGCAACAGCAGCAACAGCAACAGCAGCAACAGCAGCAACAACAACAAAGGCAACAGCAGCAGCAGCAGCAACAACAACAAAGGCAACAACAACAACAACAACAUCAUCAUCAUCAACAACAACCACCGCAACAACAACAACAACAACAACAGCAACAACCACAACAACAACAACAGCAACAACCACAACCACAACAACCACCAUAUCCGAUUGUCAACCCACAAAUAGUCCCUCAUAUCCCGGUAUCUGGUCCAGUGGAAAAUCCUCACUCGAAUGGACUCAUGCCUUCGAUGCCUCCUACAAAUCAACAGUUCACUUCUCAAAGCCAGCCGUCAAUGUUCCCGGACCAGCAGCGAUUCUUCCAGUAUCAGUUACAUCAUCAAAAUCAAGGACAAGGACCAUCUUUUCAACAAAGCCGAUCUGGCAGGUUUGAUGAUAUGAACGCUAUGAAACUCUUUUUUCAGCAGCAAGCACUGCAGCAAAAUUCUCUGCAACAGAAUCCUGGAAACCCGAGUUAUCAUUCUAAUACGCAAAACAAUACUGCUGAAGAUAGUAAACCCGGCAAUGAUAGUAAUUCAAAUUGCAAUGGUUUAUCGCAAGAACGUAUAAGAGCUCAGUUCAAUAAAAUGAAAGCAAUUCCUCAACAAAUGAAAGGCCAGAGUGGCGUUGCCAAUCCAGUUCUAAAUGAUUUAACCUCUCAGCAGCAAUAUAUGCACAUGAUGAUGCAAAGAAUGGCUGCCAAUCAGCAGUUGCAAAAUGGUGGUUUUCCUCACGACGCUAACCGUAUACCGGCAACUAACAAUACCAUGCCAAUACAAGGAGGAAAUAUGGGGCCCCUUGUUAUUGAAAAUACAGCUAUAAGGCAGGCGAAUCAGCCCGGACAGAAUCCCAUGGUUAAUAUGCAGCCUUUAUAUCAAAACGUUACUUCAGCGAUACAUACGUUUGCACCACAACAACAGUUUCAUUUACCACAGCAAUAUAAGACAAAUCCUUCAGUACCACAGAGCGAUCCUACAGUCGUCUUUCCCGUGCCAAGUAACAAUAAUAACACACCCACGGUGUCACAACCAUCAUCGAAACGGACUUCUAGUUCCAGCACGACCCCUAAUAUAACAACAGCAACUAUACAACCCAAACGGAAACAUAGAGUAGGUAAAUCGAAAACCAAAGAAUCAAGAAAAGCCAUCGCUGCACAAAAAGCAAACAAAUCCAAGAAACUUGAACAAAACAAUGAUUCAACAGCUACAAACUUCAUUAACGUCACAUCAAAGGAUAGUAACAGUAAAGGUGCUCCAAAAUCUCAAAACAAUGACUCACAGCAACAGCCUAAUGGCUCUUUUGGUAUGGACACAGAAACGUUUGAUAUAUUCAAUAUUGGUGACUUUUCUGCGGAUCUAAUGGAUAAUUGA